AAUAAUAUUAGAAAAAUGAAUAAUUAAAUCAUGUAGAAACAAGUGGAUUAAUGAGAGCCGUGAGCAAAGAAUCUUAAAGCAGCACCAACUCAAUUCUUUUUGUUAUAGGAGCAAAGAAUCUUUGCAUUAUAGAAGCAAUCGCACAACCAUCCUCAUUUAUUUCCUCCUCUCCACUCUCAACCGAUUUCUAAGUUUCUCACCCUGAAAAUGGCCGAUGUGCUUGUUUCCACACUACUAGACAAGUUGGCUUCAACAACUUAUCAAUAUGUAGCAGACGAGGUGAAACUCGUUCUGAACGUUAAGAAAGAAGUUGAAGAAUUCGCUGGGAAUCUCCAAGCUAUAGAAUCUGUGCUUGAGGAUGCAGAGCGAAGGCAAAUGAAGGAGGCCAACGUGCAAAACUGGCUAGACAACCUGAAGGAAAUAUCGUACGAGAUGGUGGACGUGCUGGAUGAGUGGCACGCUGACAUCCUGAGACAAGAAGUUGAGAAACAAGAUAGAGAAGGCGCAGAUCAUCUUGCUCCUCAGAGGAAGGUAAGUUUCUCUAUUUUCGCUCGUUGCUUUUGUCUUGGCCAAGUCGGGAAGGUUAUUGUUCGUCGUGAAAUUGCUCUCAAGAUAAAGGAUCUAAAUGUGAGGUUAGCUGAGAUUUAUAAGCAAAGAAAAAUGUAUAAUUUUCAACUCACUGAAAGAGUCAUUCAAAAACAGCAAACUUCGUCUUUUGUUGAUAUGUCUGAGAUAUUUGGUCGAGACAAGGAAAAAGAUAGUUUGAUAAGGAAGUUGGUGAGUGAUAGUAGUGAAGAAGGGAAGCGGCUCCUCAUCAUCCCUAUUGUAGGGAUGGGAGGCAUGGGAAAGACAACUUUGGCUCAGUUAGUCUAUAAUGAUGCGAAUGUUAAAGCUCACUUUCAAAAGAGAAUAUGGGUUUGUGUGUCAGAACCUUUCGAUGAGAUAAAGAUUGCUAAAGAGAUUAGUGGUGAUGCCUCCUCAAGUUCAACUGGGUUGGAUCAUGUCUUAGAAUCUAUGUCUAGAUUCAUUAAGGAGGUAAAGUUUCUUCUAGUGUUGGAUGAUGUGUGGACCGAAGACCGCAAAAAGUGGGAUCAAUUAAAGAUUCCAUUGAUGCAAAAUGGGGCUGAGGGCAGUAGAAUACUAGUAACCACCAGGAAGCAAAAUGUUGCUGGUAUGAUGAGAGCAACCUCUCACAUGAUCAGUCUUGCAGAGUUGAGCGAACAAAUUUGUUUGUCAAUCUUCAAUCACAUGGCAUUUUCUAAUAGAGAAGUAGGCGAGUCUGAGGUAUUUGGAGAUAUCAGUAGGGAAAUUGUAAAAAAGUGCAAGGGUUUGCCACUUGUUGCAAAGACUUUAGGUAGUAUGAUGGGCGAUAAGAGAACAAGGAGUGAGUGGUUGGAUGUUCUGAAUAGUAAAAUAUGGGAUUGGGAAGAAGUGGAACAAGAAGUUUUCCAGCCAUUAUUUCUAAGUUACUACGAUUUGACCCCAAGAAAUAGAUGUUGCCUUCUAUAUUGUGCUAUUUUCCCAAAAGAUUAUACGUUUAGUAGGGAUGUGUUGAUUAAUCUUUGGAUAGCACAAGAUUAUCUUAAUUCCAGGGAGAAUAAAGAUAAAGGAAAAAUUGGUCAAGCUGUUUUUGAUAAUUUAGUUGCGCGGUCUUUUUUUCAAGAUUUUGAGAAACACCGUGACACUGGUGCAAUAAUAGGUUGUAAAAUGCACGACAUUAUACAUGAUUUUGUGCAAUUUAUCACCAAGAAGGACAGUUUGAUUACGGAGGCUGAGGAUGCAAACCGUAAAAUAGAGGUACUGGGCAGUAAUCUUCGCCAUUUGAACUUAACGUUUGGAGCUUAUCCUCGAGUUGUACUUCCUAUCACUUCUGGCAAUUGCAAAAGUCUACGAACACUGAUAACAAUGAAUUCAAAUGGUGCUAGGGUAGAAGCUAGUUUUAUUUUAGAAUUUAAGUGUCUCAGGACGAUAAAUUUGUCUGGAAAUUUCAUGGAUGUAGUCCCAAUGGAGAUUGGUGAACUGGUACAUUUGAGACAUGUUGAUUUGUCUUGGAGUCAAAAUUUGGGGAAAUUACCAGACGCCGUUUGUGGUUUAUACAAUUUGUAUACCUUGGACCUUCGGGAAUGCUAUGCACUUGAAAAAUUGCCUGAUAGCAUGGGAAAGUUGAUUAGCUUAAAGCAUCUUUACAUUGAGGGGAGUGACUCAUUGAAGUACUUGCCGAAAGGGAUAGGGAGAUUAACAAGUUUGCAAACACUAGACGUCUGUCCUCUGUUUUCGGUUGACAACGACGAAGCAUUUCAAGCUGGGGAUUUGGGAAGUCUGAACCAGCUCCAGGGCAGUCUCAGAAUAAGAAUUUUGGGGAAGGUGAAAGACGGGAGUGGAGCACAAUUGCGGGACAACAAGCAACUUUUCCAUCUCCAACUUGAUUUUGUUGAAGUAUGCGAGAAGCCUGGAGAGAUCAGUGUACAAAUAAUGAAUGUCUUACGACCACAUGAUGAUCUGGAAUCUUUAGAGAUUUGUUGGUAUUCUGGCUCGACCUGGCCGAAUUGGUUGGUGUCUUUAAACAAGUUGCGAUUCCUUACUCUGCGGGAUGAUAUUAAUGGGGGUUGUGAAAUUUUGCCUCGUCUUGGAAGAUUGCCGUUCCUUGAAAAGCUGUACGUAGGGGAGAUGCCGGGUGUAAGAAAGGUUGGUGGUGAGUUUUUGGGAGUAGAAGAUGAUGAUCGUUUAUCUUCUUCGUUCAAAUCAUCCUCAUCAAUAUUAUUCCCCAAACUGAAGCAACUCCAAUUUAGAGACAUGUUGUCUUGGAAGGACUGGGAAGGCGUGAAAGGGUGGAACAAAGUGGAUUCUGGAAUUACAAUCAUGCCAUGCCUCUCUUCCUUAGACAUAAAUUGGUGUGAUGAGCUAGAAACACUGCCAGAUUUCCUAUGCGAAAUACCGCUGCAGAAUCUUACCAUUUCUCGGUGUUGGAAACUUGCCCAACGUUGCAAAAAAGGCAGCGGAAAGGAGUGGUCCAAGAUUUCUCACAUCCCAAACAUCAAGAUUUAAAACAUAUAUGAACCUUUUUAAAACAUCAAACCUUCAACAGAUAUGGUGCAAAGGGGCAAAAAAGUUUCCAGCUUAUCUGAUGAGCAAUAUCGAGAGAAUUUGUCUGAGUGUCGUCGAUGUAACCUGUCGAGAUAUGCCUAUUAGGCACUACAUCA